CGACCAAUCAAAUCAAUCACAUGACAGUCAUAUGACACAAAAUUGUGACCCAUGUUUCCUUUUGUAUAAGAAAGAUAAGAGCUGUUGUCCGCCUAUCUCAGGGCUGAAGAUCAAAUCCAAAGAUGAAGGUUCUUCUGGUUGUGUGCUGCUUGGCGGUGGUUGCCAUGGCGGCACCUGAAUAUUAUCAUAUGGACAUAGACACCAUGAUUGUCACAAUCAACUCUGUGCAGAAAACUUGGAAGGCUGGUAGAAACUUCCACCCUUCUCUGCCCCACUCCUACUACAAGCGUAUGUUGGGAGUUAAGGACAUCAAUGGUGAGAGUCAGAGACUCAACGAUCUGCUGCCCAAGAAGACACAUGACCUGUCCAUGAUCAGUCUGCCAAAUAACUUUGACGGUCGUGAAGCGUGGCCCAACUGUCCCUCCCUGAAGGAAAUCCGUGAUCAGUCCAACUGUGGCUCUUGCUGGGCUUUUGGUGCAGUGGAGGCAAUGACCGACAGAAUCUGUAUCCUGUCUAAUGGGACAAAGAAUUUCCACAUCUCAGCAGAGGACCUGUUGACUUGCUGCAAGUCAUGUGGAAAUGGAUGCAACGGUGGCUUCCCAUCAGCAGCAUGGAACUACUUUGAUGAAGAUGGCAUCGUCACUGGUGGUCAGUACGGCACCAAUGAGGGGUGCCAACCCUACAAACUGCCCCCCUGCGACCACCAUGUUCCCGGCAAGUACAAGCCCUGCACGGGAGACUCCGAGACCCCUAAGUGUGUGAAGAAGUGUCAGGCAAACUACAACAUCAGCUAUGAAAAUGACAAGCACUAUGGGUCCCGAACCUACUCAGUGCGUGAUGUGGACCAGAUCAUGGCCGAGAUCUACAAGAACGGACCAGUGGAGGCAGCUUUCACUGUGUACAGUGAUUUCCCCACCUACAAAUCUGGUGUGUACAGCCACACCUCCGGCGAGGCCCUUGGAGGACAUGCCAUAAAGAUCCUGGGCUGGGGUGUUGAGAACGGGGAAGAGUACUGGCUGGUAGCCAACUCAUGGAACGCUGACUGGGGAGAUAAAGGAUUCUUUAAGAUCAGGAGAGGUACUGAUGAAUGCGGCAUUGAGUCCCAGGUUGUGGCUGGAGACCCCAAGCUGUAAAGUCAAUGUAGUAUAAUUACGUAAACCAUCUGGCCUUACAUCUACUCAGGUCUUGAGGAUGCAGUUUGAUACAGCUGAGGUACUAAUAUGUACCAUCAUAUUUUUAUAUCUGAAUUAACCAGAUUGUCUUUCUUAUUUUGAUACAGUCCAUUUUAUUUUUGGGCACCCUUUGUACAUUGUGUUUCAAUUUUGACUGUUCAGUUUACAUGCACCAAGCUUAUACAUUCAAUAAAAAGUGUUACAGAUAA